AUGUCAAUCCCAGACUACUUUACAACACAAUCCAGUAACAGGUCCACUCCUUCGCAAUCGUACUUGCCCCGGGAUUGGAACUAUGCUCAGGUGCUGACAGUCGAUGUAGAUAUGUUGGCAAGGACCACCGGAGAUGUAACCACCCGGCGAACAAAUCCUCGGCCAGGGUCCAGUUCGGUUGCCGACAAAGAUCCCAAUCCGCGAAUGUCGCCGGUCUUCAAGGAGGGUUCUACCGGAAUAUCCCUUGUUGAUCGGAACACUAGUAAAUUGGGUGGGAUUGCGUCGCUGGCACUAUCGAAAGGUAUCGUAACGGCUCCAUCUUUCCUAUAUAUAUUCUCCGGGCUGUGCUCCGCCUCUUUCACGAGUUUAAAGCGUAUCAAGCAGUGGGCGCUGGUGGAACAAAGCAGCACCCUUGCGAGCGGGCAUCUCGAGUCAGGUAUUUUGCCUUGCUCUUUACUUUCCUCUUUUGGCCCGAUACCCAGGGCUCUGCAUGGGAUGCCAGUCGGUUCGCCGACCAGGAGUAGGCAGCUAACAACAGAGCGAGGGAGAUAG